CUCUCGCAGUGAGGUGAAGACAUUUGAAAAUCACCCCACUGCAAACUCCUCCCCCUGUUAGAAACCUCACGUUGAAAUGCUGUAAAUGACGUGGGCCCUGGAGUGCAAUCGCGGGAAGCCAGAGUUUCCAGCGAGGACACAGCGGGUCCUGAUCCGGGUCGGGACACUUUCUGCCAGAGGCUGCGAGCAUGGGGCCCUGGGGCUGGAAACUGCGCUGGACCGUCGCCUUCCUCCUCGCCGCGGCGGAGGCUGCAGUGGGCGACAGAUGUGAAAGAAACGAGUUCCAGUGCGAAGACGGGAAAUGCAUCUCCUACAAGUGGGUCUGCGAUGGCACCGCUGAGUGCCAGGAUGGCUCUGAUGAGUCCCAAGAGACGUGCUUGUCUGUCACCUGCAAAUCCGGGGACUUCAGCUGCGGGGGCCGUGUCAACCGCUGCAUUCCUCAGUUCUGGAGGUGUGAUGGCGAAGUGGACUGUGAGAACGGAUCAGAUGAGCAAGACUGUCCCCCCAAGACGUGCUCCCAGGACGAGUUUCGCUGCCACGAUGGGAAAUGCAUCUACCGGCAGUUCGUCUGUGACUCGGACCGGGACUGCUUGGACGGCUCGGACGAGGCCUCCUGCCCGGUGCUUACCUGCGGCCCCGCCAGCUUCCAGUGCAACAGCUCCACCUGCAUCCCCCAGCUGUGGGCCUGCGACAACGACCCCGACUGCGAAGAUGGCUCGGAUGAGUGGCCUCAGCACUGUCAGGGUCUUGAAGUGCCCAAAAGGGACAGUAGCCCCUGCUCGGCCUUCGAGUUCCACUGUCGAAGUGGCGAGUGCAUCCACUCCGGCUGGCGCUGCGAUGGAGGCCCCGACUGCAAGGACAAGUCUGACGAGGAGAAUUGCCCUGUGGCCACCUGUCGCCCUGACGAAUUCCAGUGCUCUGAUGGAACUUGCAUCCAUGGCAGCCGGCAGUGUGACCGGGAAUAUGACUGCAAGGACAUGAGCGAUGAAGUUGGCUGCAUUAACGUGACACUCUGCGAGGGGCCCAACAAGUUCAAGUGUCACAGCGGCGAAUGCAUCAGCCUGGACAAAGUCUGCAACAUGGCUAGAGACUGCCGGGACUGGUCAGAUGAACCCAUCAAGGAGUGUGGGACCAACGAAUGCUUGGACAACAACGGUGGCUGUUCCCACAUCUGCAACGACCUUAAGAUCGGCUACGAAUGCCUGUGUCCCGACGGCUUCCAGCUGGUGGCCCAGCGAAGAUGCGAAGAUAUCGAUGAGUGUCAGGAUCCCGACACCUGCAGCCAGCUCUGCGUGAACCUGGAGGGGAGCUACAAGUGCCAGUGUGAGGAAGGCUUCCAGCUGGACCCCCAUACCAAGGCCUGCAAAGCUGUGGGCUCCAUCGCCUACCUCAUCUUCACCAACCGGCACGAGGUCAGGAAGAUGACGCUGGACCGGAGUGAGUACACCAGCCUCAUCCCCAACCUGAGGAAUGUGGUCGCUCUGGACACGGAGGUGGCCAGCAAUAGAAUCUACUGGUCCGACCUGUCCCAGAGAAUGAUCUACAGCACCCAGCUUGACAGAGCCCACAGCGUCUCCUCCUACGACACCGUCAUCAGCAGGGACCUCCAGGCCCCCGACGGGCUGGCUGUGGACUGGAUCCACAGCAACAUCUACUGGACCGACUCUGUCCUGGGCACUGUCUCCGUUGCGGAUACCAAGGGUGUGAAGAGGAAAACGUUAUUCAGAGAGAAUGGCUCUAAGCCAAGGGCCAUCGUGGUGGAUCCUGUUCAUGGCUUCAUGUACUGGACUGACUGGGGAACUCCCGCCAAGAUCAAGAAAGGGGGCCUGAACGGUGUGGACAUCUACUCGCUGGUGACUGAAAACAUUCAGUGGCCCAAUGGCAUCACGCUAGAUUUCCCCAGUGACCGCCUCUACUGGGUUGACUCUAAACUUCACUCCAUCUCAAGCAUCAACGUCAACGGGGGCAACCGGAAGACUGUCUUGGAGGACGAAAAGAGGCUGGCCCACCCCUUCUCCUUGGCCAUCUUUGAGGACAAAGUAUUUUGGACAGAUAUCAUCAAUGAAGCCAUUUUCAGUGCCAACCGCCUCACAGGUUCUGAUAUCAAUUUGUUGGCCGAAAACCUACUGUCCCCAGAGGAUAUGGUCCUCUUCCACAACCUCACCCAGCCAAGAGGAGUGAACUGGUGUGAGAGGACCACGCUGAGCAAUGGCGGCUGCCAGUAUCUGUGCCUACCUGCCCCACAGAUCAACCCCCAGUCGCCCAAGUUUACCUGCACCUGCCCGGACGGCAUGCUGCUGGCCAAGGACAUGAGGAGCUGCCUCACAGAGGCUGAGGCUGCAGUGGCCACCCAGGAGACCUCCACCGUCAGGCUAAUGGUCAGCUCCAAAGCCGUAGCGACACAGCACACAACCACCCGGCCUGUUCCCAACACCUCCCAGCUGCCUGGGGCCACCCCUGGGCUCACCACGGCGGAGACAGUGACGACGUCUCACCAAGCUCUGGGCGACGUUGCUGGCAGAGGAAAUGAGAAGAAACCCAAGAGCGUGGGGGCUCUGUCCAUCGUCCUCCCCAUUGUGCUCCUCGUCUUCCUCUGCUUGGGGGCCUUCCUCCUCUGGAAGAACUGGCGGCUGAAGAGCAUCAACAGCAUCAACUUUGACAACCCUGUCUAUCAGAAGACCACAGAGGAUGAGGUCCACAUUUGCCGCAACCAGGACGGCUACAGCUACCCCUCGAGACAGAUGGUCAGUCUGGAGGAUGACGUGGCGUGAACAUCUGCCUGGAGUCCGUCCCUGCCCAGAACCCUUCCUGAGACCUCGCCGGCCUCGUUUUAGUCAAAGACAGAGAAGACCAAAGCAUUGCCUGCCAGAGCUUUGUUUUAUAUAUUUAUUCAUCUGGGAGGCAGAACAGGCUUCGGACAGUGUCCAUGCAGUGGCUUGGGUUGGGAUUUUUGGUUUCUUUCUUUACUUGUGAAGGAGAAGAGAAACAGGCCCAGGGGUGCCAGGAUGACACGUCCAUUUGGAAGUUUUGAGUUUCUCUCCACCGUGACACAAUCCUCAAACGUGGAAGAUGAAAGGGCAGGGGAUGUCAGGUCCAGAGAAGCAAGUGGCUUUCAACACACGACAGCAGAUGUCACCAACGGGACCCCUGGCCCUGCCUCGUCCACCAGUCUCUAAGCCGAACCCUUAAACUCAGGAGUCAACGUGUUUACCUCUUCUACGCAAGCCUUGCUCAACAGCCAAGUUAGCCUUUGCCCUGUCACCCCCGAAUCAGGACCCACCCAGUGUCUUUCAAGCUGGGCUUGUACCUUCCUCAAACCGGGAAAGGGAUUCAUGGCGUCGGAACUGAUCCGGCUGAAUCCGGGGUGGCACCGAGACCAAACUCAUUCCCCAAAUGACGCCACUUCCCAGAGGGAGAGCCUGAGUCUCUGGUCACCCUUCAUAUUUAUUAAGUGCCUGAGACACCCGGUUACCUUGGCCAUGAGGACACGUGGCCUGCACCCAGGUGUGGCUGUCAGGACGCCAGCCUGGUGCCCGUCCUCCCCACCCCUACCCACUUCCAUUCCUGUGGUCUCCUUGCACUUUCUCAGUUCAGAGUUGUACAUUGUGUAAACUCAGCAUCUGUGUUGUUUUGCACUGUUUUCUGUCGUGUGUGUUGGGAUGGGAUCUCAGGCCAGGGAAAGCCUGUGUCAAUGAAUGCCAGAGACAGAGAGGGGCAGGUUGACCGGGAUUUCAAAGCCGUGAUGGUGAAUAUUGAGAACUGCCAUUGUCUUCUUUAUGUCUGCUCACCUAGUGCCUCCACUACUAUGCAAAUGCCUCCAAGCCAUUCACAUCCCCGAUCUUGUCAUUGAUGGGUAUGUGUUUAAAACAUGCAUGGUAAGGCCAGGUGCAGUGGCUCACGCCUGUAAUCCCAGCACUUUGGGAGGCCCAGGAGGGCGGAUCAUCUGAGGUUAGGAGUUCGAGACCAGCCUGGCCAACAUGGUGAAACUCUGUCUCUAC